AAUCGGCCACACGAUAUAAAAAAUAAAAGUGUAAGUAGAGUGCACGCGAAAAAAAGCACGAAGAUAAGUGGCAUCCUAUAUGUCUACCGCGAAAGUCUUUGUGGGCAGCUUGCCGCCUGGCUGCAAGCCCGAGGAGCUGCGACAUUUGUUCACAAAUUAUGGCGUGGUAGUCGAGUGUGAUAUUAUGAACCGAUGCGGAUUCGUACACUUGGAGACCAUUGAAAUGGCCGAGGCAGCCAUCGCGGCUCUUAAUGGCGUUGAAUUCAAGGGACAGCCCAUAGUCGUCGAGCCGGGCAGACCCAAAGACCGACGUGGUGGUGGUGGAGGUGGAGGUGUAGGUGGUGUCGGGGGUGGUAGUGGUGGAGCAGGUGGCGGUACCGGCAAUCGUAGACCGAUGCCAGGACGCGGGGGCAAUACCUUCAGUCGUGGGAGCCACUCGAGUGGCAAUAGUUUUCGAUCAGCCGGAGGUAAUCGGUCAUCUAGCACAAAUGGCAGCCAAUUCGGACCCGUGCGAAACGAAGGAAACUUUAGGCAGCCGCGCAGUACGCCUUACAGUAAGGGCUUGCCACAGCAUAACCAAAACUUCGAUGGCCCAACGCAGCCAUUCAAAAACAAAUUCAGCCAAGGCAUGACUCCCAAUGAUUACUAUGGUAAUAGUUCGAUUGGAGCUGGAGCUGGUGGAAGUCAGAGGAGUGGGGGAUCAAGUCAUAAUAUCGGCCAAGAUCGUCGUGGUUUUGCACUGCCCGCUGUCGAUCAUCAUCAUCAUCAACAGCAGCAGCAGUCACAUCAUCAUCAAGUCCCUUUUGCUGCGAAGCAAAGUCGCUUUGGCAACAGUCCAAUGGUGCCCAGUGGAAGUGCAGAUGCUGGCGGCAUGUAUCAGCGCAAUCGUAACAAUUCUGUCAUGAGCAGUGGCAGCCAUCAAGGCGGUGGUCGUGGUGGGUUCAAUGCCAGUCGGGGCGGCUUUGGCGGUCGUGGUAGUGGCUUCAGUGGCCGCCGCGGUGGUGCCAGCAGUGGCAACAUGUCUCAAAAUUUUAACAAACACGGACCAGCUAACAACAAUCACAAUAGUCACAAUCGCAAUGCUGCAAAUGCAUAUCAUUCAGAUUUUCCGCCCUUGGGUGUGCCAGGAAAUCGAAAUCGUUUCAACGGCCCAAAUAUGAGCGGCAACCGAAGAUUCUGAAGUUAAGUCAUCCUCUUGCAUAUAACUUUUAAACAUGGACCUUAUAUAAUCUAAGUGAAUGCUAACAUAAUAGCCGAAUUUUGUUUUCCAAUAAUUGCGCUCGUGCAACAUCUUAAGUUAAGACGUAAAGUGUGAAAACAGUUUUUAUUUUUUAAUUUAAAAACAACGCGUUACCCAUAAGACCAAAC